AUGAAUAAUUUAUAUAUUAAAAUUUUUAUUCUAUUUCAAUUAUUUUAUUUUUGUUCAUCACAAGAUAUUCAGAUUGUAAAUAAAGUAGGUAGACCCUUUAUGUAUGGUACUUAUAGAGGAUGUACAUCGAUUGUUAGUAUAAUUUUAUCCUAUGAUAAACAAAUAUUGCCAGCUGAUUUUUCAUGGCCAAAUGCAACAACCACAGGUCAGAUGAACCCAAGUAUCUUUACUUUAAAUUCGAGUAUUGUCGAUAACCAAAAUCAAGUUUUUGAUAUAACCUAUUCAGUUCCAGAAGCUGGAGGUACCAUAUUAGAUAUUCUCAUUUCAAGGGGUUCAGAUCCAACUUUCAAAAGUGCAUACUUCCAAUUAGACCCAAGUUAUAAUUGUAUAUUAUUCUCAGAGGAACAAUUGAAUACAAUCAAAAUAGGUGAAUCCAUUUUUGAUCCCAUACUCAGUUUUCAGACAAAUGUUUUUGUAUUUAAUAUUACUACUCAAUGGCUUGAGGCAGCUAACCAACCAUCCAUUGGAUGUGAUACAGAUUUUCCUUCCAAAUUUAUUUGCCAAAUUCCACGUGUUACAGGAGAUUCUUCCAAUAUUGUCUCUACUUUGAUUUAUACUCAAGCAUCACUUACCAUGACAUUCCCAGAUACUUUUAAUAUUAUUUUUACUGUUAGCUAUUUGGGAUCGACUUCGAGUAGUACACCUAUUACAAAACAAUUUUUAGUUAAAAAUGAUUUCCCAAAGAAUUUGGGUAAAACUACCAAAUUGAUUGAAAAUAAGAUAUAUCCUGUACCAAAUUCCACCUAUGUGCAAAAUUUCCUAGCUGCUACACCUUCGUACACUUAUAUUGAUACCUAUGGAGCUGAUCUUGACUCUUAUGCUACUCUUUCAUAUCUAGAUUUGGUUCCAUACCCUAUGAUUUAUUUGGCUGGAAAUUCAACUCAAAAAACAUAUUUUGUGACUGCACCUAUUUAUCCUUAUAUAGUUUAUGACUAUAUAUGCGAUACAACCUGUGUUAGAAAUAGUGAACAACAAAUAUCAAUCCAAUCAUAUCCAAGUUAUACAGGUGUUUAUUCAAAUGUGACACUUAAUAAUGAUACAAUGACCAAUUCAUAUUUCUUCGAGAGUAUUGGAGAAGUACCUUAUUUGACAACAAGUUUACAAAGUAAAAUAUCAUCUACUAUCAAUCCAAUUCCAAUUGAUUAUCCAUUUGGUAUCAUCAAUCAAACCAGUAUUGGUUACACAUCAAUUUCAGAUUAUUCAAUUGUAGGACAAUACUCUUUUGUUGUUAUAGAUAAGACAACAAGCAUAGUACUCGCAAACGAUGGUAAGAAUCAUUAA